GCGCUUUCUCGUCGUGCUUCUUUUCCGUGCAGUGUGAAACCUUCGAGUGAGUGACCGCCAUAUUAAAGUGAGACAAAAGACGCUGUGCGGCCCGCGAAACGGACGACGAAAUCAGAACGGGACGCACUUGAGCGUGUUGUUGGUCGGCUAGGAAUUUGUGAUUUGUUUUGACCGCUACGGGAGAACGGAAAACCGCGACGUGAAAACUCCUGCGGGACUGCCCUGCAAAACCAAGGUUGACUGUGCUAACGGAAAUUAUGCUUGCGCCAUCUACGCCGGACAGACGAGUGUAGAGUUAUCAACGCAACGCGAACUAAAAGAAUGUUCACUACAAACAACAUCCAAACGGCGACGGGCACACCAAUCGGCAUACAGUACCAAACCACGACCACCGACAUCAACAAAGGCAACAAACUGGAGGGCCAAAAGACGAACCAGCAGGCGCCGGAGUUCUCAACGUUCUACGCCAAUGUGAAUAUGAUACAAAAGCUAACGCCAACGUCCCAGGCGUUGAGCACGGUGAACCUGGCGCAGCUGUCCGAUGACACGAAAACGGUCCAGUAUCUGCAGCCCUUCGGGUAUGCGAACUGUGCCCUGGUCAACCAGAUGCCGAUACCGAACGGGGUGACCGGAAUUACAGUCGAUGGACGGCAGCUCGUCGUGAACAAGCCCAUCACCAAUACCAUAUCCAACAUCAGCUUCAAGUGCGAUGUGUGCGGAUUGAUGUUCAACCAUCUGACGCUGCUGAACCAUCACAAGCGUACCCACAACCAGGAUGGGGAAACGACAUCGGAUGCCAUCACGGUGGUGACGCAGGCCCAAAAUUUGGUGCAGGCACAAAACCUCAUCUCCGAGACCGGACAGAACCUGGGCCAGAUCCAGAUCGUUGCCACCGAGGCACUCGAUCCGGCCCCGCAACAACAGCAAUUGCAGCAUGCUCAGGAUGCUCAGGCCGCCCAGCAGCAACAGCAGCAGGCGCAGGCACAGGCGCAAGCACAAGCGCAGCAGCAGCAAGCCCAACAGCAGCAAGCUCAACAACAGCAGCAACAACAACAACAGCAAGUUGCCACACACACGACAAAAGCGGACAAAUCGCAGAAGUGCAUCUCCUGCAAUGGGCCAAUUCACAACAACCCGAAGCGGAAGGGUCCGAAGCUGAUCCGCUGCGAGACAUGCAUUAGCAACGACGGUACCCAGACGGUAGCCAGAACAACGCAAAUCUUUGUCGCCCCGGACGGUGAUAUCAAGUUCGAAAUCGGUGAAAUUCCGAACGCCUCUAACAGCAACUCUUCGAUGGACUCGCUGAUGCCCGGGCAGAUGCACCCGAUCAAAGCCGAACACGCCCAGCUCGUGCCGCAGCAGAAUGCGCAUCCGGUUAAAAAACGUAAUUUAGCAACUGUCACAAAAUGUAACAAAUGUAACGGUUCUGGUGUAAUUAUAGUUGGUGGCCAGAAGAAGCACAUGCACCAAUCGCAAAUCCAUCAGCAGCCCGAAAAACCAUUUACGUGCAACACAUGCGGAGGGCGGUUCUCGAGAUACUCCAGCCUCUGGUCACACAAGAAGCUGCACACGGGCGAAAAGAACUACAAGUGUAACGUCUGCGGGAUAGCGUUUGCGAAGGCCGUUUAUCUAAAGAACCAUAUGCGCAUCCACACAGGCGAAAAGCCUUACAAAUGCGGAACUUGCGGCAUGCAGUUCUCGCAGUCCCCACAUUUGAAGAAUCACGAGCGAACUCACAGCGGAGAAAAACCUUACGUUUGCGAGGUCUGUGACAAAGGAUUUGCGCGUCAUGCCACGCUAUGGAACCACCGGCGCAUCCAUACUGGUGAAAAGCCGUACAAAUGUAACCGUUGCCAGUCCGCGUUCAGUCAGGCGGCUCAUUUGAAAAAUCACGAAAAGGUACACUCCGGUUUGAAACCAUUCAAGUGUGACAUAUGCUCGGCCGCAUUCGCCGACCGUUUUGCUCUGAAAAGGCAUCGCGGAAUCCACGAGAAAUACGGACAAACCACGCCACUGCACCAGAACCAACAGCAACAGCAGCAGGGAACGCAACAAGUCGUCACACAGCAAGUUGUACACAAGGAGGAGAUUAUUGAAAUGGAAGAAAAACCACGUGAAGUCAUCAUUACCGGCAUGUAGAAACGUUCUCAGACUGGGAAACGCAGUCGAAAUUAUCGCAUCCAGCAAGUCAGACAACCGCCUCAUCCAUAAAUGGAAUGGUGCUGGUUUCGAGGGCUUAAAAUGAACAAUACGAGUUAAAAUGAGUUAUAGUUAAGUUGAAUAUGGCUGCAUUUGGAGUGUGAGAAACGGCAAACGGAGCGUUUCUAAGGAUGCAGAUUGAAUGCUGUAGGAAUAUUUUGUAGUAACAUAAUUAGUGCAGUUGACUGUUGGAUGUGGUUCAAAUCCAUGUGCGCAGCAACAUUAAGAGUUAAACCCGGCUCAUUUUGCAGCGAGACGAAGUAUGAGCUAAGAAGUCAUCGGGCGUACAUGAAGUGAUGGAGCAAAGAUUCAAAUCACUAUCACAAUGGGACACUAAUUUCGCGCUUCCCUGUCCCGAAAUUAACCCGUAUGAUGAUAAGACCUUGUUACUACUGUUCCAGCUCAACAACACGCAACAAUAGCAUCGUGGCGGUAGAAUUCAUUAUUUGGGGCACAGUUAAGCCCUUUCACUUUAAUUAACCCAGUAUCACGUUUGUCCGGAAGUUACCCGGACCCUGGCAACCUUGUUUUAAGACACGAACCGUAAAUCUAAGCAUGUAUUACGAUCUUCGAUGCUGCACUGCUCGAUGCUCGAACUAGGUUGGAGUAUCAGUUUGCGCAGUUUGAAGCUUCUUUUCUAAGGUACAAUAUACAAAAAGAAAUGUUGAAGAAAUUACUACAAGCGCUGAUAAACUAUCGAAGGAUUCAGCCAGAUUUCAAACAUUGUUGCAGUGCAUUGUAAAUAAUGACGAUACGUUUGAACACAAACAUUAUUCUGUUUAAGUCCGUUUAAUAGUAAGCAAAAUGAGCUAAAUGUUAGCGAAUAACUUAACAACAGCAGUAGAGGUGCAUUUCAUUUGCAUUAGCCACUAAUAUGGUUAUUAUAAUUAUUUUUAUUUUGUAAUGCGAUUCAUACAUUAUUUAGAACGUGUAUCGAUUCUUACAUAUGUACAUCUUGAAAGCUAUGCUACAUCCUGAAUCAUUUUAAAGGCAGGAACAAAACUAAAAUCAUCAGUCUCCACGCCUGUGUCCAAUCCUAGUGCUACUAGAAUUAACAGCAGGGUCUUUCCAAGAUUCUUCUGAUCUUUAUUACUUUAUGUUUAUAUAUAUAUGUAUGCAAACCACAUGAAGUAACUAUACGGUUGUACCAUCGAAGGUAGGCCAAAAUAGUAAAGACAUCCGUUCUUGAUAUAAUGAAAAUGUAAAGACCCGAUUGUGGUGUCGAACAAAACGUUAAAAACAAGCUAUCUCUUUACCUUCUUAUCGUCAGCCAUUAGAUGUAUCGGCAGUGCGGCCGGAAAAGGGCUACCGAGUGCAACAUAGAGCUGUACAUAGAUUUUUAAAUGUUACACUAAAAUGUCAUGAAUACGCACGCACGAUUCUCUCAUACUGUCACUGUAAAAAAGAAUGCUCGCUUGAUCUUCUGUCACUCAAGAGUAACGGAGGCAAGACGAUUAAAUAAUUUCAAUACUUCAAUAAUGAAACAAACGCAAGCACA